UGCUAGCGCCGCCGCACUCCUCAUCGCCGCCAUCAUUCCCUCGUAGAACUCUUCCACCUUUCACCAUUCUCGCAAUACCUCUUGACUCGCCUGCCACAAUGCCAGCCCUGCCGCCGCACGAUCGACCCAUUCGCCCUGCCGUUGGCAGCCCACCUUCGCUUCCUCGAGGUCGAUGCCGUAGCCUGAGGCCCUGCUGCGCAGACGACGAUCCUCUGGCCCGCGACCUCGAGGACCUCGCCUUCGAUCUGGAUCGAGACGACGAUGAUGAUCUCGAUCUCGCCGACGACAUCAGCGAAGACACAGCCUGUACUCCCGAGUGCGAAUGCGUCGAAUGGCUUCACUACGAGGAUGGCAGCCAAGACCCAAGCACUACCAAACGAACUCGAUUCAACGUCUGCCUCUCCUUUUGCCGUCGACCCAGCGCUACCAGUGGCUCUCCUAUCCUCGCUCCGACCAAGCCUCACCACCGACUCAGCCUUCCUCGCACCUCGGGCAGCCCCAUUCAGUCUCUUGUCCCCAAGUUUGGCAAGCAUCAGCGUGCGAGCACGUCGAGCGCAGCCACCGCAACUGCUACGGCCGCUGAGGCCAUCAGACGUAUCCACCACAACAGGCGCAAGAGUGACGGCAUCAUCGGGCAGGCAUGGGGGCAACGCAAUGCGAAUACAAGCAUCGAGAGCCUGUCAAGCAGCUGGAAACCUCCGGCUGUCACCUCUCCGCGCCUCGACCGCAGCCCCUCGGUGACCAGCCUCACCAAGAUCAACGCUCAAGGGCAUCUCAGCCCUGUUCACUCGCAAGCGGCCUUCUCUACCAGGGCUCGAAGCCAGUCGGACACGCGUGGGACAUCGUGGGCCUUGCUCCAGAACCUCACACCCUUGCGCACCAGCUGAGCACUCAGCCGGACACACACUUCACCAGCAUUCAAUCAGCAUCACACUAUUCGCACGGCCACUAGCACAUUCAUACCAUCUCUUCAAGAUCAAUAGACUCCGCCCACGCCCAAGCCCCACCACUCUCACAACACCUCACAACACGAAGCCACGACACGCCUCUGCAACGUCCUUCGCUACCUCGCAUUCGUGUAUCAUUAACGCGAUCACAUCGACAAAAAGCAAACCUUGAGUCAGCCACCCGCCGCGUCAUGUCAAUAGCCCAACAGCCAGCCUCGUCGAAGCGUCUGCUCUCUCAAAUUCAUCGUCCUCCGCCUACUUUUUACCGCCCUCCGCCUACUUUUUACCGCCUUUCUUCUGACGCUUGCUGUCACCUUCGCCUUCACCGCUCUUGCUCUUGCGCUUGGAGCCUGCUGCCGAUUCCUUGGACCCCUCUCCCUCACCAUUCUCGGCGUCAG